UUUUAUUAUUGUUACUUACAUAAAAUAAAAUAUUUAAAUAAGGAUAAUUAUUUUGAAAAUUCCAGAGUGUUUUUCCAUCCAGAGGUCAAAGUUGUUUGUUUUAUGACUCGUUAAAGUCCAGCUCAGGUUAGUUUCGGUUUCAUCGCUUCCUGCCGGAAUCUGUGGAGUUUGGGAGGAGAACAGAAGUACGUUUGUGAGAUUCAGACCGAAAAUCAGUCCGUUUGUUUGGAUUUGAUCUGAUUAUUAUCGAAUCAUUUCUUCAAUCGGAUGCAGUGUUUUUUUUAACCGCAAAUUAAAAGACGUUUAUGAUCAGAAAAGUGAAGAUUGUGUUCAGCAAAGCGAGGAAAUCUGAUCUUUACCGCUUUAUUCUUCAGUUUUAACCGGCAUUAACUUUAAAUCUUUGGACGUUUGGAGCCGAAGUUUACCUGAAAAAGUUACUUUCACUUUCGAUGAAACGUGUUUCAGGUGAACGAGGCUCAGAUCUGAACUCUGAAACCUGAACUCUGUAAACUAGAAUCUGUUUUUAUCCGCAGCUCUGGUGUGAAGCUUCAGGAUCAGGGACGAAUGCUGGAGGUUCUGAAAGUUCCAGAUAUUCUACCAGCUGGCUGGUUGGAGAGAAACAACACGUUUAAUUCCUCAGAAGAACUGAGAAGGUUCUCGAGGUUCUGGUCCUCAGAUCCACCAGGACUGGCCUUGUUCUGUUGCUGCUCAAGUUUUACAGAAGACAUCAGAUGUUCUUCAGGGGAACAACCAUCGGUAUCGUUUAACAGUGAAAACUCCAGAGAUGGAUGUUCCAGUUCCAGUGGAGGCAACAAUUCAUCUGAAUCAAUUUCAAGACAAGACAGAAGUCCUACAAAUUCUCCAAUCACACGGCUUUCAGCUGUCAGAUCUGGGUGAAGGUCAGGUGCACAUUCAAGGUUAUUUUUCCAACCUGAAAGCAGUGAAGGUCCGUUUGGAGCGGCUGAUCGAGACACAAACCAACACGACGCUGCGUUCGCCUUCCCCUUCCUCUGGAGCCAUUUCCAAAUACUACAAUAAGGACAACAGAGGCAGAUCCCGAUCCAGAGACAAGCCUCCAUCUUCACCAUUCUCCUCCUCAGCAGGAGCUUCUAAACUCAACCCUCCAACCUCUCAGGACUCCACCACAGCUUCUUCUUCUCCAGACCAACAAGCUUCCAUCAGGACCAGACAUGAGACCGUCGUGGUCGAUGCAGACGUGUUCAGGUACGCCGAGCAGAUCAGGAGAAGAGACAUCGACUCCAUCAAGGACAGCUACCAAGUCAGAAUGCAGGUGCAGGAGAACAGCAGCAGCUACACCAUCACUUUACAGGGGAGGAAGUCCAAUUCAGCUGCUGGUGAACUUCAGAAGCUCCUGGAUGAUCUCAGCAGAUCACUGCGUACUCAAGAGGUUCCUCUCAGGGACAUGGAUCAGGACGGCAUAGCUCUUUUAAAGGAAAUUCAGAGAAACAAACACAUUUUCGGCUUGGUGGUGGUGCUUGAGAUGGAAGAUAGACUUCACCUCAUUGGACCGUCUGUCGAGAGCUACAACUUGAAGCAAAGGCUGCUGGGAAGGCAGAUAAAGUCGUCAGAACGUCCAGGAAGACCCUUCGAUAGGAACCUCAGGAACAGGAGCAGCUCUCUGCCUCCGAACAGCAGAAAAAACACAGAAAGAGAAAGUCGGUCCAACCCUCCUCCUCGUGGAGCUGCAGGUUUCUCCUCAUCCAUGAACCAGGAGGACAAACCAGAAGCUGCUGACGUUCAUCAUCAAAAUGCAGCCUCAAGAGGAAGAACUAACUCUGAGACUCGAGGAAGAAAAGAACCAGAAAGAGCAAACUACUUCGAACCACAAAGAGAAAGUGGUUUUAACCCUCCUCAUGGUGGAGCUGCAAAUUUCUCCUCACCCAGGAACCAGGAGGACAAACCAGAAGCUGCUGCAUUAAAUACUCGAAGCAGAACCUCGAGGACAAGAAGCCAAUCCAAGCCUCAUAGACCGAAAGAUCCAGACAGAGAAACUGAUUUUAACCCUCAUCCUGGAGGAGCUGCAGGUUUCUCCUCAUCCAAGAACCAGCAGGACAAACCAGAAGCUGCUGAUGUUCCUCAGAAAGGUGGAGCUUCGAGGACUAGAAGUCAGUCUGAGCCUCGUAGACCGAAGGAGCCAGAAAGAUCAAAUGACAUUGUACGAAAUAAACUGCUGCCGUCUAAAUCACUCAGAAGCAUCUUCCAGCGGCUGUUUAUUUGGAAAUUCUUAAAGCCCAAGUCUAAAAAAAACAAUGAACGAUGAAUGCUGCUUCAGCUCAUCGUCUGGAUGGAAAACUGAUCUUCUCCAAGUCUCAGUUCUCUUCAGGUGCGUCAGGUUCUCCUUCAGGAUUUCUCUGUUUACCUUCUACCUUUACCAGCCUUCAGGACCUGCUGCUAAAGAACAUCAUGAUGCUGCCACCACCGUGCUUCACAUCAUGAUGCUGUGACCACCGUGCUUCACAUGAUGAUGCUGCGAUCACCGUGCUUCACGUUAUGAUGCUGCCACCACCGUGCUUCACGUUAUGAUGCUGCCACCACCAUGCUUCACGUUAUGAUGCUGCCACCACCGUGCUUCACGUUAUGAUGCUGCUACCACCGUGCUUCACGUUAUGAUGCUGCUACCACCGUGCUUCACAUCAUGAUGUUGUGACCACCGUGCUUCACGUUAUGAUGCUGCCACCACCGUGCUUCACAUCAUGAUGCUGCCACCACCGUGCUUCACAUCAUGAUGCUGCCACCACCGUGCUUCACGUUAUGAUGCUGCCACCUCCGUGCUUCAUGUUAUGAUGCUGCCACCACCGUGCUUCAUGUUAUGAUGCUGCUGCCACCAUGCUUCAUGUUAUGAUGCUUCUACCAACGUGCUUCAUGUUAUGAUGCUGCCACCACCAUGCUUUACAUCAUGAUGCUGCCACCACCAUGCUUCAUGUUAUGAUGCUGCCACCACCAUGCUUCAUGUUAUGAUGCUUCCACCACCGUGCUUCAUGUUAUGAUGCUACCACCACCAUGCUUCAUGUUAUGAUGCUGCCACCACCGUGCUUCAUGUUAUGAUGCUGCCACCACCGUGCUUUACGUCAUGAUGCUACCACCACCGUGCUUCAUGUUAUGAUGCUGCCACCACCGUGCUUCACAUCAUGAUACUUCAGAGUCUCCACAUGUCUUCUGUUGAACUCUAGUCCAGAUUUAUUUGGAGCUUUUUCCAACAUUUUUUUUCUCUUUGUCUCCAUUAAGCUUUGACUGGUGAAGAACAGACAACAGUUGUUGGAUGAACAGUCUCUAACAUCUCCGCUGCUGAAGCUGGAACUCCUUCAGAGGAGUCAUAGGAGUCUUGGUGGCCUCCCUCACUAGUCUCUUUCUUGUAACUCCUUUAGAGGAGUGAAAUGAGCUCUGAACCUCCAACACCAACUUCUACACUCAGAUGUUUGUCCUUCUGGAUCAAGCUAAAUGAAACUGUAGAACUGUAGAACCAGCGCUGGAUGCUCAGUCCGACACUAAAACCAGCGUUUGGGCUUUGAAGGAAUAAAGUCUGACAUUUUAGGGAACACACUUUUAAUAAAUAAAAGUAAGUUUUGGUCUGGCCGGUGUCUACUGAUCCAUCAUUUGUUUGUAAUAAAAAAAGACACACACAGACACAUUUCUGUUCUUUGUAUUUUUUUUAUUGAAAGCAAAAUGUAGUUGUAGAUGAUUUUUUUUGUUUCAAAAUGAGAAAACCAAACUCCAAAAAACUCCAAAUGAGUUCUUAUUCUUAAAUUUUUUUUAUUCCAGUUAAUUUUGUUUUUUUGUGCUUGGAACAGUGACUCUCAUAUAGACUAAUUUUGUCCUGUUUGUUUACAUAAAAUCAAAAUGUAAAACCUGCAGAUUUUGUUAUAUUCACCUAUUUGUGUGGUGAUUUUGCAUCUAUUUGUGGAAAUUUGGUCUCUCACUGUGGUAUCUUUACGUCACAUCGUUUUUGUUCUGAUUUUGGGUCUUUUUGUGCUUUUUUAGUAUUUCUUUGUGGUAAUUUUGGCACUUUUCUGGUGAUUUGGUCAGACCUCAGAUGUUUCUCCUCCUAAAUGUCCUGGUUCUAUCUGCUGGACUGAUGAAGCUCUGAGGCUCUAAAAUGAUGAAAAAAGUCCAUUAAAAAGUGAUAAAUCUGGACCCUCCUCUAUGGACUUCUAGGACCUGGAACUCUGGAAAUAUUCCCAGUAUGAAGGUAGAACUUUUCACUAAAGACACUAAAGCUGUUGUGAAUUGAUGCACUACCACUAAUAUAGUUUAUCACAUCAUUAAGAGGGUUCUGUUGUCAGUUUUUAAUGUUUUAUUUUAAAACUGUUAUUGUUGGACUGUAAAUCAGACGGUCUAAUUGUUGCUGCGAUGGAAUAUUCUGACUUUGAAUCUUCUGCUGUCAAAUUUUUUACUUCAAGCAAACAAUCAUAACCUGAACAUAAUAAUACCUCAUUGUUAUUAUUGGUUACAGAUAUUUAUUCUACGUCUGUCCAUGAUAAAAUAUAAAUUUUGUAAAUUGUAAAGCAGAGGAAUAA